GGAAAAGGUGAUGACGAUCGAGGGCAGUUAUAUACUGGUCUCGCGCCCCUCCAUCAAGGUUGGUUGAUUCACGUCCACUCUUGACUGUAAUUUUUACUUUGCCAUCAUGGUGCGGUCAUCUUUGUUCUUAGCAUGCACGGCGCUCGCUGCGUUCGCCAAUGCCCACAACAAUCCUCUCGAGGCUAGGCAAGAAGAAGUCAGCGCGGCAACCUACGGCCCAGGCAAGGGCAAGCCAAAUGUCAACUCCAAGAAGCUGCAGGCUGCGAUUAAAGAAUCUGCAUUGAAGAAGAAGGCCAAAGAGCUCGAGAGGGCAGCAUACUCGACUCCGGAGCGCAACCGAGUAUUCGGCUCGGCAGGUCACGAGAACACCUUGAAGUUCAUCGAGAGCUAUCUCGAGAAGGAAGACGAUUACUUCACGUACAGACGCCAAGAAUUCGUUGAGCUCUACUCACAAGGAUCCGGUACCUUCUCCGCUGGCGGCACAUCAUAUCCUUUGAGUGUGUUCACCUACUCCUCAUCGACCGAUGGAGUAGUCGAUGCUCCGAUCGUUGCCGUGGCAAACCUUGGAUGCGAUGCUGCCGAUUACCCUGCUGAGGUUUCCGGUGCCAUUGCUCUGAUUUCAAGAGGAACUUGCAACUUUGCAGUGAAAGCUACAAAUGCCAAGGCUGCUGGCGCUCUUGGUGCCGUCGUCUACAACAAUGUUCCAGGCAACGUCGCUGGUACUCUUGGAGGUACUGGAGACUACGCUCCAGUUGGAGGUAUCUCGCAAGAGAACGCAACCACUAUCCAGGCAGCUCUCCCAUUGACUGGUCAGCUUGAGAUUGACAGUGUCGUCGAGAACCGAACGACCUACAACAUCAUCGCCGACUCCAAGAGCGGAGACAAGAACAACGUCGUUGUGAUCGGUGCUCACUCCGACUCUGUCUUUGCUGGUCCAGGUAUCAACGAUGACGGCAGCGGAACUAUUGGUAUCCUUGAAACCGCCAUCCAGCUCGCCAAGAAGAAGUACAGACUCAAGAACGCUCUGCGUGUCUGCUGGUGGUCUGCUGAGGAGUACGGCCUCUUGGGCUCCGAAUACUACGUUGCCAACCUCCCACAAGAGGAGCGUGACAAGAUCGCCCUUUACCUCAACUUCGACAUGAUCGCCUCUCCCAACUGGCAGUACGCUCUCUACGACGGUGAUGCUAGCACUUUCAGCAACACCACCGGCGUCGUCAUUCCUCCAGGAUCUGACAAGAUUGAGCACUUCUUCCAGGACUGGUUCAAGGAGCAGGGCAUCCCAACCAAGGACUCUGAGUUCAACGGACGAUCUGAUUACGGACCUUUCAUUGCCACUGACGUUGGCAUUCCAGCUGGUGGUAUCUUCACUGGUGCCGAGGCUCUCAAGACUGAGGAGGAGGCUGACUUGUGGGGUGGACAAGCUGGUGUCGCCUACGACCCCAACUACCACCUUGUCGGCGACAACUACACCAACCUCGCCUUCGAGCCUUUCCUGGUCAACACGAAAGCAAUUGCUGCUUCCGUCGCCAAGUACACAAUGGACACUUCUGACAUUCCACCUCGCACCUCUGGUGCCAAGGUCAAGUCUAGGGGCGCUCACCCGCACGCCAAGAAGAACGCUGUUCACUCUCACUCGCACCAACCUGGUCUCCAGUGCGGUUCCGAGCCAAAGGAAUUGGCGUAAUGACAAAAAUGAUGAUGAUAAAAUACCUAUGAGUCAUAAAGACGAUAUGAUCAGAGUAGAUAUGGAAUCCACAGGACGCAG